GUCGGAGGUGCAGUCCGUAGGCCCUGGAGCCCUGGCGGGCCCUUAGAGAGUCGGCGCCAAGCACGGAGAGCUUCAACGCUCGCCCCUGCCUGGGCACGGAGGGCCGGAGUUUUUCGUCUCCGGUCAUCGAGUGAGCUGUCUCAUCAAAUCAAGGUCCUUCUCUCUGCUAGAGCAACAUUUCUGAUUUGCUGCCUCGGAUCUGCUGCGAAACUGGGACACUCCUGGUGAUCUUGGAAGAGUCCUUGUCAUGGAAUCCAUCUCCAUGAUGGGAAGUCCUAAGAGCCUUAGUGAAACUUUUCUGCCUAAUGGCAUAAAUGGUAUCAAAGAUGCACGGAAGGUUACCGUCGGUGUAAUUGGAAGCGGGGAUUUUGCCAAAUCCCUGACCAUUCGACUCAUUAGAUGUGGCUAUCAUGUCGUCAUAGGAAGUAGAAAUCCUAAGUUUGCUUCUGAAUUUUUUCCUCAUGUAGUAGAUGUCACUCAUCAUGAAGAUGCCCUAACAAAAACAAAUAUAAUAUUUGUUGCUAUACACAGAGAACAUUAUACCUCCCUGUGGGACUUGAGACAUCUGCUCGUGGGUAAAAUCCUGAUUGAUGUUAGCAAUAACAUGAGGGUAAAUCAAUAUCCAGAAUCCAAUGCUGAAUAUUUGGCUUCAUUGUUCCCAGAUUCCUUGAUUGUCAAAGGAUUUAAUGUCAUCUCAGCUUGGGCACUUCAGUUAGGACCUAAAGAUGCCAGCCGGCAGGUUUAUAUAUGUAGCAACAAUAUUCAAGCUCGACAACAGGUUAUUGAACUUGCUCGUCAGUUGAAUUUCGUUCCCAUUGACUUGGGAUCUUUGUCAUCAGCCAGGGAGAUUGAAAAUUUACCCCUGCGACUAUUUACUCUCUGGAGAGGGCCAGUGGUAGUAGCCAUAAGCCUGGCCACAUUUUUCUUCCUUUAUUCCUUUGUCAGAGAUGUGAUACAUCCAUAUGCGAGAAACCAGCAGAGUGACUUUUACAAGAUUCCUAUUGAGAUUGUGAAUAAAACCUUGCCCAUAGUUGCCAUUACUUUGCUGUCCCUAGUAUAUCUAGCAGGUCUCUUGGCAGCUGCUUAUCAGCUUUAUUAUGGCACCAAGUAUAGGAGAUUUCCACCUUGGUUGGAGACCUGGCUCCAGUGUAGAAAACAGCUUGGAUUACUAAGUUUUUUCUUCGCUGCUGUCCAUGUUGCCUACAGCCUCUGCUUACCAAUGAGAAGGUCAGAGAGGUACCUGUUUCUCAACAUGGCUUAUCAGCAGGUUCAUGCAAAUAUUGAGAACUCUUGGAAUGAGGAAGAAGUUUGGAGAAUUGAAAUGUAUAUCUCCUUUGGAAUAAUGAGCCUUGGCUUACUUUCCCUGCUGGCAGUCACCUCUAUCCCUUCAGUGAGCAAUGCUUUAAACUGGAGGGAAUUCAGUUUUAUUCAGUCUACCCUUGGAUAUGUUGCUCUGCUCAUAAGUACUUUUCAUGUUUUAAUUUAUGGAUGGAAACGAGCUUUUGAAGAAGAGUACUAUAGGUUUUAUACACCACCAAACUUUGUUCUUGCUCUUGUUUUGCCUUCAGUUGUAAUUCUGGGUAAGAUUAUUUUACUCCUCCCAUGUAUAAGCCGAAAGCUAAAAAGAAUUAAGAAAGGCUGGGAAAAGAGCCAAUUUCUAGAAGAAGGUAUUGGAGGAGCCAUUCCUCACCUCUCACCAGAGAGAGUUACAGUAAUGUGAUGAUAAAUGGUGCUCACUGGUGCCCCAGUAAAGCUCUACUUAGGCCAUUUUUUUAAUUACUUCCUCUGUGUUCGGUAGUUUGUGUAAAUGUAUGUCAAAUUUGCUGUGGGCUGAAAUCUGUUAAAUGAGGUCUCAACGAAAUUGGUGGUAGAAUUUUUUUCAAAUUUAUUUUCACAAAUGUCAUAUUUGGCCAAUAUGAAUUUUCAGAGUCAAACAUAUUGUUGAAAUUUAGGUACAUUUUGUUUUGUUUUGUACAACUAUAACACUGUUGUUAUUUAAACAAAACUGUAUUUCAUAAUCAGGCCAAAAUAUUUAGUUAAUAAUAUACACACACUUCAUAAUGUUAAAAACACUUUGCAAACCAGCAGAAUUUUAAGAUUUUAAUACAUUUCAAUGGAUAUAUGUUUUUUUCUGAAGCUUAAAUAAGGUUUUAAUUAUAUAACUUAAGAAAUAGGAAUGCAUAAUCGUGUAUUAUUUUUUAAAAGGACGUGUUAUAUUAGCUUCUAGGUAAGGGUAAAAAAAAAUAAGGGUACAUGGUAACAUUUCUGUAUAUCUCUCAUAAAAUAGGAUUUGGCGACUCCAAUUAAUUGUAUGAAUCAAUGUGAUUAUGUGAAUAUGCACAAAUUAAAAAGGCAGAUUACCCUGAAAUUAUAUUUAAAUGCAUUGGAGACAUGAAAUACAUACUGAUAAUGCAUACCUUGUCAAAGAUUUUAUUCUUAAUUUUGUUACAGAGCAGUUUUAUUUGCAUAAUAAUAUAUUGAUCAGGGUGAGGAUUCAGUAAUAUUAUACCUCCCAAACUGGUAUUUCUAACAUAGUGCCAAUCCUGGGAAUCUUAUAAUUGUUCCUAGUUAGAGGAAAAGUAUCAGCUUUACACACAAAUAGUUGUCAACCAAUCCAUGUUGUUGCACCGUAGCCAGUUGCAGCUCUCUAUAGUAUGGGAUUUUACUGAGGUUCACUGAGGGUUUGUAGUGUGCCAAGCACUGUUCUAAGCACUUUACUUGUACUGUCCCAUUUAAUACUUAUAACAACGCUGUGAGGUAGAUAGCUCUUAUCCUCAUUUUACAUUUGAGGAUACUGAGGGUUAAAAAAGUUAAUUUAUCUAAGGUCACACAGUUAGUAAGUGGCAAAGUCAGCAUUCAAGUCCAGAGGCUAUGCUUUUGACCACUAAGCUAUACUGUCCCUGCUCCAUCCCCAUGCAUUAUGCUUAUGAUGCCAGUAUCGGUGCCUUCCUCUUUUGUAUAAAGCCAUUGACAUUUUUUAGAUUGGAUUGUAUGUGUCCAAAGAUAAAUGAAAAUAUUACAGUCAUAAAUUUAUUACAGCUUGUGAGAUAAGGCACAGUUACUUACCUGGUCUGACCUGGGACAUGCACCUGGAGACCCUAAGCAGUCGGGAAACCUCCCUUCCAAGGAGUGAUAGUUUCAAGUAGAGAGAGGACCAGAACAGUGAUAGGGAAUUGCUGAGGUCCUACAGAAUCUUAAAAAAUCCCUAUAGGGUUGGUCAUUUCCUUUUCCCAUCCUGAGAUCUCCUCCUGCCUGCUCACCAUUUGUUAGGGAGCAAUUUGCAAGUGUGAAGGAUAUUAGGAUAAGUGGUUAAUUAUAAAUCUACUCUAGAAGCGUAUAAUCAUCUGAAUUAUUCAUAAAAUUUUUCAGUGCUGACAUUCCACAUUUAAAUUGCAAACUGUUCAAAUCUUCGUUAGAAUGCCCUACAUUUUUUUCCCUAUUUGUUCAUUUCUUAUUAAAAUAGAAAGUUGCAGUCAAGAUUCAAUUAUACACAUUCCUCUUCCUGAAAUUAUAACAUUUCUGAAUUUACCCACAUUAAGCAUUGCUGAAUCCACCUGCCAAAAAAUAGAAGGACUUUAUUUAGUGGAGGCUACCUUUCCCACCAAAUGGCUCUUUCCCUACUACUGCAUUGGUAAAGUGUUCAUGAUUCUCUGUUCUUUUUUGUGUGUGUGAGUUUUAAUACCUUGUACUUUAAUUGAGGAAACCCUGGUGGCGUAGUGGUUAAGUGCUACGGCUGCUAACCAAGGGGUCGGCAGUUCAAAUCCGCCAGGCGCUCCUUGGAAACUCUGUGGGGCAGUUCUACUCUGUCCUGUAGGGUCGCUUUGAGUCGGAAUCGACUCAACAGCACUGGGUGGGUGGGUUACUUUAAUUGAGCUCUUCAUUUUCUUUAUUUUAUUUAUAUUCUUCCCUUCUUAAUUACCACUUGUUAGUUCUUAGUAGGAAUUCAGUUGGAUGAUAACUUUUAAGGGUAAACACUUAAAGACAUAAUAUUUUAGUGGAUGAGGGAAAACAACAUAUUUCCAGUACUUCCCUGUUCCUUAAAUUGAACUUUCCUAAGGCCAUGUUUAACUAUUUAAUGUAAAAAUAUUAUGAAAUUUGUUUAAAAGUUAGAUGACUUUUGGAAUAUACUAUUGCACAUAUAUAUUAAAUAGCCAGUAAUAUACAUUUUUUUUUUUUAUACAUAAGGUAAUUGCUGUUGCAGGUAAAUAGAGCAUUUGAAAUAUGAAAAAAUGAACUUCUGUGAAAAUGUAUAAAAGAUGAAACUAUUGUUUAAAAUAGUAAUAGCUCCUUUUCAGUACUAAAAAGAUGAAAUAAGCUUGAAGUUUUAACAUAAAUGUAUUAUAUUAAUUAUAAUUCUAAAUAUUUAGAAGCCUUUCCAAAAAUGCAAAAAUAUUAACUGAUUUUGAAUUGCAUUACUUUCCUACUUCUCUGAUUGUUUUUCUUAGUUGUUAGUUUUCAUGGUCAUUAUUUUUCUGGGUCAUUUUCUGGCCUCAGAAUUCUGUUAUUGCUAGACCUGAGAAAGUAGUGGGACUUCAGGGCAGCAGGGAUUUGUCUCAUGAUCUGUGUUUGGAGAAGUGCCCCUGAACAAAUUAUAAGAAUGUAGAAAAAUAUACCCAGUUUUAAUCCUAUGAAAAAAAUCAAGCAAUUUUUCCUAAAAGGAAAAUAACCACAGACCGUAUUGUGCUACUUAGCUUUUGUGUGAAAAUUUCAUGUCUCCUCUUUUAAGAACAGCUGAAAUCAUACUUAAAUGUGAAUAUAUUAAUGCUAUCAUGUAUUUUUUCAGUAUAUACAUGGAAUGUUAGCCCAGAUUAUAUGUGAGAUUUUUUUAAUUUAAAUCUUAAAAUAUUUGAAAGUAUGAAUAAACUAUAUUUGUAGGUAUUUAUCAGAGAUAAUUAUUUUAUGCUAUACAAAGGAUUGGCAAGUGAGCACCAGUGUUAAACUAACUGAUUAAUUUAUUAUAAAUUAGCAUGACCUUGACUCAAGGAAUUUUACUUUCCAAAUUAAUUCUUUGGAUAAUAGUAAUUUAAGGUAUAUUCAUAUUAUGCUACAGUCAAGUUAUGAAAGUUAUUUCUACAAAAGGGCUUCAGGAAUAUAACAUAUCCAGAUUUUUAGUUUAUCUCUUAUUUAGUAUGAUAAAACCUUAAGGCUUUUUCAUUGCCUAUUGCCAUUAAUCUGUUCCAUAAUAAAUGUACAGAGCUCCCCUGUCCAAAAAAGAAAAAGAGAUUUAAUUAUAAAAUUUAAGGUUUCUUAUAUGCUGUUUUAAACCUAGUACCAUAAGUGUAAUUCAUAAAUAUUUCUCUAGGAAUACUGUAAGCACUGAACUAAUUAUAUCUGUGUCAGUUUAUGAAAUAUACAAAACAGCCUAAAAUGUCAUGGUGAAACUGUUUUAUAAAAUCUUGACUUAGAGCAGUGCCACACUUAGUGUAAUGCACCUCAAUCAGUGUUAAGGUUUAUAUUUGUGAUGUGUCAUCAUGAAAAUGUGAUGCUCUAUUUUCAAUUGAUCAUAAUUAUGGUGUAUGUUCAGUAUAUGUAAGUAUCUCUAAGAGAAACUAAUAUUUUUAGUGGAAACAUAAUGUGUUCAUACCUUUGAACAGUGAAUUUUGUAAGAAUGAACAGAUUCUUCAAUUUUUUUAUCUAAAAAAUUAUAAAGUGCUUAGUAUGCAGAGAUUCUGUCCAUGUGAUACCAAAAAAUUCUUAAUUCAGCUUAACACACAUACAUACUGAGAUUUUUUUUUUUUUUUAACUUUCCAAAUCACUGAGUUCCCAUUGUGGUCAUCCAAAAUUAGGGCAGACUAUAUGGAUUCUCCCAGUGGCUAGAUGAGCUAAAUUUAAAUCAGAAAAGCAGAUACUUUUUGAUGAUUUCCAAAAUUGCCAGUCUGAAGGAAGUAUUUUAAGUUAUUAAGAUUUUCUUUAAAAGGGUUUCCUAGCUUUGCAGACAUUCAGCUUGAACAGGGACAGGAAGUUGUCUCCCAAUGUCUGUUUGCCCUACUUCUUUAGAAAGCUGCUGUCCCUUCCAAUCCCUUACUUCUCCUGCAGGUAGGUGUAUCUGCAACUGGGCGUUGGCCAGUGAGAUAUAAGGGGAAGUAAGUGUGACUUUCUGGAAUCCCUGGGUUUGCAAACGGUUAACAUGCUCGGCUGUUAACCAAAAGGCUGAUGGUUUGAGUUUACCGAGGCUAGGGAAGAAGGUCCUGGUGAUCUACUUCCAAAAAAUCAGCCACUGAAAACCCUGUGGAGUACAGUUCUACUCUGACACACGUGGGGCCACCAUGAGUUGGAGCUGACUCAUAGCAACUGGUAUGUAUGACUUUCUGGAAAUCUCCUUCAAGGAAGAAAGCUUGUGUUCAUUAUGGUCCUCCUCCAUGUUACUGUGGGGAAUAUGGACAUGAUGACGGAAGCCCUGGCAACCAUCCCAAGAGGAUCAAAGCCACACUCUAAGGAAGACAGACUGGAGACUAGAAAGAUUCUGACUACUUGGACUGCUUUUUCCUGAGGAUGAAAUCAACAGUUUAAGCCACUGUUAAUUUGGGUUUCUUCUAAAGCUGAAACUAAUCCUUUCUGCUUUCAGUUCUUUGUCAGGAUACCAUUUAACACUGUUUGAGUAAACUAGACUGCAAUUCAUACCUUUAACUUUUAAAGGAUAAUGCACAAUUCACAUUAGAAUUGAUUUUUCAUUGGUAAUUGAUUUUACUCAUUUUCUUGCCUUGAUCUUUCUUUAGAUAUUUUUUACCUGCUUGGAAAAUACUGUUUUCUUUAAAACUGUGUAACUGAUAUUUGCUAAGAUUCUUUAAUCUCCAAAAUACAGCUGUCAAAUUAUGUGCCAUGUUUUUAUAUCAUUCGCAUAGAUCUGCCUUAUAAACAUCUAAAUAAAAAGUACUGUAUAAUGUGUUUUAACUUCUUUUUUGAAAUGUUUUAUACAA